GUUGAACCUGGCUUCGGUCACUACAUCAACGGCUCCGCCGAUCGGCACUCUGCUUUCAGGCGCAUCGGUUACAACAUUAAGCCGGCGCGGCACCAAAAGUUUAAAUAUAAAGAUAUUCAAAUUCCCAACGCUUUGGGAAAUAUCUCAGUGACGUCUGAUACUCUCUGCUUCCACAACGCUCAGUAUCACUUGCAGCGUUAGGUAACCCACGAGAAAUGAUUAAAUUAUCUAUCUUAUGUACCUUCUACCAUGUAUUGGUACUUGGUUUGGUGUUUGCACAAAACGAAGGGCAAUCGAAUUGCACAUCACCGCACGGUGUGGUUGGCUGGUGCAUUGGAUUACGGCAAUGUCCCCAGCUGUUGACCAUCCUUCAAACCUCUCCGCUUAAGCCAGAAGCUAUAGAAUUUUUAAGGCAAUCACAGUGUGGUUUUGAUGGUAAUGAUCCCCGAGUUUGUUGCCCGAUUCAAAACGAAAACCCCGACCUUUCAGGCGGAGCCGAUGGGGCGAAAGAUGCUAACUUGCAGUUCGAUCUGUCCAAUAAUACUUUAUUACCCUCCGAUUGCGGCAGAGAUCUGUCUCAGAGAAUCGUCGGUGGAGAACGCACGGAUAUCGAUGAAUUUCCUUGGAUGGCGCUUCUGAUAUACAGUACACCAAACGGAGAGAGAGCAUCCUGCGGUGGCGCCCUCAUCAAUCAUCGUUACGUACUAACGGCAGCUCAUUGCCUGAGGGGCAAGAAUAUACCAAUCUCGUGGAGUUUGGCGAAAGUCCGAUUAGGCGAGUACGACACUAUCACCAAUCCUGACUGCAUCAAGGAUGACGAGAAUAGCAAGGUUUGCGCUGACGAUGCUAUCACUGUCGGCAUCGAGAAACAAAUCGCUCACGAAAAUUACAGACCACUGAGUCGUGAUCAAAAAUACGAUAUUGCUCUUCUAAGGUUAAACCGCGACAUUCCUUUCACGAAUUACAUUAAACCGAUAUGCUUACCAUCCAACGACGCUGUCGGUAAUAAACUGUUUGUUGCUGGUUGGGGAAAAACCGAGAAUGGAUUUUCCUCGAAUAUCAAGUUAAAAGUUUCUGUGCCGCUCGUCAGCAAGGAACAAUGCGAGCAGACAUACAGCACAAGACGAGUGACGCUAGGAUUCGGACAGAUUUGUGCCGGUGGUGUGAUAGACAAAGAUUCCUGCACAGGAGAUUCUGGAGGUCCUUUGAUGUGCGUGGAAAAAGGAAGUGAUGGUACCGGUCGAUGGACCGCCGUCGGUAUUGUCUCCUUCGGACCAACACCUUGUGGCUUCCCAGGUUGGCCCGUUGUUUACACCAGAGUGAUUGACUUUAUUCCAUGGAUACUCAGUAAAUUGGAAGCUUAAUACUGUGACACUCAGAUAAACGUUACUUUCGAACAUCAUAAAAUAACAAUUUCACGUUAUAAGACAAUAGCUUGAUGAAGAAAGAACAGUCGAUCAUGCUUGAAAAAACGAAUAAUUAGGGUAUAGUCUGUUAAGGUGGUUAAAAGUGCCUCUGAACCAAAUUCGACUUGCGAUGAAUCAUUCGGUAGCUUAUCAUGAAAAAACAGUCUGUGCCAAGUUUCAGCCUUGUAUCUCAUCUGGGGGGGGGGGGGGGGGGGGGGGG